UCCCCAAUGGCCAGCACGGGGUGUGCAGCAGAGCUGGCCAUUGCAGCUGCGGAGGUGAGGACUCCACUGCGAGCUGAGCGGGAACAGCCCCUUGCCAUGGCUGAGGCCCCAGAGGCACGGAAUGCUCCCAAUGCCGCUGCCUGAGGGAGCCACGGGGGCUGCUGCUGGAGCAGCGAGAAACGCAGCACGAGCAGUUCAGGCACGCCAAGGACAGGCCAUUGCUCUGCCUGCUGCCGCUGCUGCUGCCGCUGCUCCCGCUGCACAGAGGCGUUUCCGGCACCUCUGCUAUCUCGGGGCUGCCACGAGAUUUCUGACUCUUCCUCACUCGGCAAACACGCAGCUUGCUCUCGCCAUGCACCUCGCACAUCUCAUCCUCACCGUCUUCCUGGGACAGCUCCUCGGCACCUCGGGGCAGAUCACGGUCAUCCAGGAAGAUGGACAAGUCACGGUGAAGCAGGGACACACCUUCCACACCACCUGCAAAUACCAGAGCAGUGGUUUUGACGGCUUGCUCUGGUACCAGCUGCGGAAAGGCCAAGCCCCCCAGCUGCUCUCCUAUCAAUCAGGGACUGGCCCCAGGCACAGCGGCCGUAUCACCACGCACCUGAACAUCACGGGGGAAUCCAGUGUGCUGAAGGUGGAGGAAGUGGAGGGCUCUGACAGUGCCUUGUACCUGUGUGCUGUGCAAGACACCCUGGUGCAGGGAGCUUCCUGGGCUGUGCAACAACCCAGGGGAGGGAGGGGAUGUGUCUGUGGAGGUCUGAGAUUGGGGAAGGGACUCAGAUGUCACCACAGUGCUCACCAGAAGUGUCAUCCCAUGUGUGACCAAUGGCCUGAUGGUUUUCACUACGUCCAUUUGGCUUCAGGCAGAGCCCAGGUGCAUCAGGAGCCAUUUCUGGAGACCACCGAGGGCACCGGCAUCGCAAUCAACUGCUCACAUCCCAGCAAACGGAGUGGCGAUUACAUCAAUUUCUACCGUCAUCUCCCGGGCCAAAGCCCCGAAUUCCUCAUAUACACUACUGGAACCUCCAAGGAUGUUCCGGCCAUCGCAGGAAAGCUGUGGGUGUCGGAGGACGGGCGUUGGAGCGCGCUGUGGCCCCGGCGCGGGGACGCGGCCGUGUAUUACUGCGCGCUGGGCCACGGGCAGAGGAGCCGGGGCUGCGGCCGGCCAGGAGCCGGCGAGAGCCCGAGCGGCACCGGCGCAGGGCUGAGCCCCGGGGCGGAGCUGGCGGCGGGGGAGGGCAGAGCGAAGGAGAGAAGCGGCGCUGGCGGAGCAGAGAGCCGGGGCUGA